AUGCCCCUAGAAACCCCGAAAUCCGGUGGAAAAUGCGCGAAAAAUGAGCGAAAAGAAGCGACGAGAGAGUCUAAGUUUUGUGGGCAUGGUCCUCAUUGUGACAAAUUCUGUAACGAAGACCACGCAACACUCAUCAAUCGUCGUUGUACCCACCAUGGUACCCUCGGCUGCCCCUAUGGCUUUCGUGGUACCAAUUGUGAUAUUCCCAUGGACCAAGCCUUGGACCAAUGUCCGUGUGAAAACCAUGGAUUCUGUGUAUCGGAAUUCCAGACUCCACUAGAUACUGUAGAUCGAUCUAUUUGUCAAUGUAGCAUUGGAGAAGAAGGAGAUUAUUGUGAAAAGAGAGAGUACGGUUAUGCGGAUGCAAUCCAAAUUGAAAUGCAUGGAACAAGUGAAAAAUUCAAUUUGUUGAAGCAGUCUCUCAAUGGGACUACUGUAAGAAACGAGUUGAUUGGUUCUGGAAAAAAUCCGGAUUCACCUUUCAGUUCAUUUUAUGAAAUAUGA